AUGGUGCUGCUGGCAUUGUUUUGGGUGUGUCAGCGAGCAAUGCAGACAGCGCAAGCCGCUGUUCGACCUCGGGCCGUGCCCUUUGCAAGGCCUCCUGUGAGCGUCUGGGCGCACAAGCCGCUCAUUGCACGCAGAGCCGCGAGCAAGGAGCCUUUGGAGUCUGGCGAAGCAGCUGACGACGAUGGAGAAAACGAGGCAAGCGAGUGGGCUGCGGAGCACAAUGAGGUGUGGAACUACGACGCCAACCAGGUGCCUUGUGCUGUUCUGAUGUUAUAUCCUUCGGUCUCUGGCCUUUCUGAAGAAGUGUCUCUUGCAGGUGAUCCAAUGGGUCAGAAACAAAGUGGGCAUCACUGA